AUCGUAGCAGUGCCCGCUCUGUUUGUUGCAGAACAGAAUCACUGAGAAAAGCAGCAAAAUGGAGAGGAUCUGCGUCGCCGUUCGCCUCCGUCCUCCGGUGUCCGAAGAUUCCUCUUCCGCCGUUGGAACCUUCUGGAAAGUCGAAGAUAACCGCAUAUCUCUUCACAAGAUCCACGGCACUCCUCUCUCUACCUCUUCUUACGGUUUUGAUCAUAUAUUCGACGAAAGAAGCACCAAUGCUAGCGUCUACGAGCUCCUUGCCAAGGAUAUCAUUCACGCCGCGCUCGAUGGCUUCAACGGAACUGCAUUUGCGUACGGGCAGACCAGUAGUGGCAAGACUUUCACCAUGAAUGGUUCUGAAACUGACGCCGGAGUGAUUCCUCGGGCAGUUAGAGAUAUAUUUGCGACAAUUGAUACGAUGUCUGAUCGAGAGUUUCUGAUCCGAGUUUCCUAUAUGGAGAUCUACAACGAAGAAAUUAACGACCUUCUCGUUGUCGAAAACCAGAAAUUGCAAAUUCACGAAAGUUUGGAGCGUGGAGUAUUUGUUUCAGGGCUGAAAGAGGAAAUUGUAAAUAAUGCUGAACAAGUGCUGAAUCUCAUUAAAGCAGGGGAAGUUAACAGACAUUUUGGUGAGACAAAUAUGAAUGUAAGGAGUAGCAGAUCGCACACAAUAUUUAGAAUGGUGAUUGAAAGCAAAGGAAAGGAUUCCAAUUCUUUCAAUGAUUCUUCAAUUAAUGAUGUUGUUCGAGUUUCAGUCUUGAAUUUAGUAGAUCUAGCUGGUUCUGAAAGGAUUGCCAAGACUGGAGCUGAUGGAGUACGUUUAAAAGAAGGAAAAUAUAUUAACAAAAGCUUGAUGGUUUUGGGAAACGUUAUCAACAAACUAAGUGAGGGUUCGAAGCAAAGGGGGCAUAUUCCGUAUCGUGAUAGUAAAUUAACUCGUAUACUCCAACCUGCUCUUGGUGGUAAUGCGAAAACGUCCAUUAUUUGCACCAUAGCACCAGAAGAGAUUCACAUUGAAGAAACAAGGGGAACUCUUCAGUUUGCCAGUAGAGCCAAACGCAUAACGAAUUGCGUUCAAGUGAAUGAGAUAUUGACGGAUGCUGCCUUGUUAAAACGGCAACAAUUAGAGAUAGAGGAACUACGUAAGAAGCUUGAGGGGUCCCAUGCUGAGGUGCUCGAGCAACAGAUUCUUAAACUCAGGAACGAUUUGCUGAAGUAUGAAAUGGAGCGUGGGAAACUUGAAAUGGAACUGCAAGAGGAGAGGAAAUCACGUAAUCAAUGGAUUAGGGAACAACAGAUGAAAUUUGAAAAUUCUACUACAAAAUCUUUCUCAGACUGUGGGACGAACGACAGUCAGGGACCGGGAUUUUUGAGGCACGGAUUUAUGGAAGAGUACAGUGACAUUAGUAGUAUAUCUCAAGGAGAUAUUUUCAAAUCUCCGAAGGCAGAUCCCAGUGUUUUUGUAGUCAGGCGAUCAAAGUAUUCAACGUUGCCAGAUCAAAGCCCCCUUCCAGAUGCUUUCUGUAAUGUGGCUGAUGAAGAUAUGUGGUUGAAAAUGAACAACGGUUUUGUUGCAGAUCUUGAUUCCCUUCAAACUACUCCUCCCACCAACAGAAAAGUUCAAUCACUCCCGACAAUUGAUACAACUGGUUGUACAAGUGCAAUUGAGAAGUAUGAGCAAGAGGUUCAAGAUUUGAGGGGACAACUGGAGCUAGCUAAAGAAAGGAUAAAUGAACUCGAGCAAAAGCAUUCGAAGGAAGUGCCAUCAAGCCAGAAAUUAAUAGAUGAAGCAGCAAAACAUCAACAAGAAACACAACUAAAGCUUGAAUUGCCUCUGGGGUUAUCUGAAUCUGUGGGAAAUUUCAAGGAUGGCUUUGAGGAGGUUUUGUCAGUAAUGCAGAGAUGUGCAUCGGGUGGCACACUAUCGACUGAGAAGAUACUUUCAACUGUGAGUGAAAUUGGAGCACAUCUAUUUUCAACUUUGGAAGGUCAUAUUGCAGUGAAUAUGGAUGGUCAAAGGUCUUCCACUGAAAACUGUACUGUAAUCAAUGGACAACAAAAAAUGUUUCGCGAGAGGAUUGACAAUAUAAUUGCAUCGCUGGAGUUAUCGAAAACCUCAAUAGCAGAAGAACUGGAGAAGAAACAUAAGUGCAGCUGUGAACACAAGGGCUCUGGUUUGGGAGGUGAAACUGCUUACUCAAAGGAGGAUUUAUGUGAAAGAUAUGAAAGCAUGGAAAGGGAGUUACAGCUUUUGAAGGUCGAAAGAGAGUCUUUGCUGCAGAAGUUCUCUGAAUCAUCUGAGAAACUAUCAAUGGUUUCCAGUCAAAAAGAAAAUGUUUUGAAAGAUUUAAAUACUGAAGUGCUGAGAAGGAAAAAUCUAGAAGGGGAAGUUAAGCAGUUUGCCGCAGCUUUUGCUAGUCGUCAGGAAUCACUCAUUUCCUUUCAUAGUGAUCUUAAGACCAAAAUUGAGAAAUGGAGAGCUCAGACUCCAAUUUCAGUGCCCAAAUCUUUUGGGUGAGUAGUAUAUAUGUUGUGAAUAUUUGAGUCUUGAGCAGUUCAUGUAUUAAAUUUAUUAUUACAAUCAUUUGAUUCUAGCCAAACC